UAAAACAUUGGUUUCAAUAAAAAAUAUCAAGAAUUACAAUCUUCUUUGGCUUGAGAUCCUCCUGCUAUUCCAUCGUUUUGAAAUUUAGAUAGUCGCUGAUAAAAAUGGAAUUGGAAACACGUCAAGAAUCAGAAGAUAUGAUUGGCAAAUCAUUACCAUUUUUGCCUCCACCUAUGAAGAAAUCUGAAACGAGAGACAGCAUUUCUUCUGUUGAUAGCGACGUAAGCCUUUCGUUUGACAGAAGAGGUUCCAAAAGCGAGGAAGCUGAUUUAUCGGAUUAUGAUAGUGAGAUUAAGUCUGUGAAAGAGAUUAAUAUUGAUCAAGAUUCGGGCGCUGAUUCCGUGGAUGAUACAUUAAAGGAACUGGAACAGCAAAAAUUGAAUGUAUCAUUAGAAACUCCAGCAGUUGAAAAAGUAACAGAUACCAUAACGUUGAAUGAUGAAUUGGCUGAUAAAAUAUGUACUCAAGUGGAAUUUUAUUUUUCUGACAAAAAUAUCAUAAAAGAUGCUUUCUUGUUGAAACAUGUAAAAAGAAAUAAAGAGGGCUAUGUGUCUCUUAAAUUGAUAUCUAGCUUUAAGAGAGUAAAGCAUUUUAGCAGGGAUUGGAGAGUGAUUAGAGAAGCAUUAACAAGAUCUAAGAAACUUGAAAUCAAUCCACAAGGGACUAAGUUGCGUAGAAUAGAUCCUUUACCACCUUUUGAUCAAACAAUGCCGUCUAGAACUAUUUUAGUGGCUAGACUACCAAUUGAAAAAUUAACAGUGGAAUCUGUUGCUGAGAUUUUUAAACCUUAUGGUGAAAUAGCACUGAUAAGAGUGCUCAGACCUGGAUAUCCCGCACCAUCUGAGGUACGACAAGCAAUCUCCAGAAGACCAGAAUUGUCUGCCAACGAAGAGUAUGCCGUGAUUGAAUUUAUAGACUCGACCUCCGCACGAAUUGCCAUGCAAAUGACCUUGGGUGAUGCUAAAGUAUUUGAAUUACGUCACUCAACUGACAAGAAAAAAAAGCAUCAGCUUACAAAGAAAAAUACCUUCAACAGAGUAGCGGGAGAGGAUAAUUAUAAUUCGUCUAGUUGUCUCAGUGGGUCCGAGCCUGAGGAUGGAAGAAUGCGACAUAAGAAAAGUAUUCAAAGAUGUCCGAUGUAUGACAUUCACACAAGUUAUCCUUUACAAGUGGGAUCAUCGGAUGCAUGGUUAUCCCAUAAGCUCUCUUCUUGCUCCAUAUCCAGCUCGGAGGACAACUUUAUGCUUCGACGUUUGUCUUCUUGUUCCGGUUCCAACUCGGACACUGAUAGACGUUAUUCUACGUGUUCAUCUGGCUCCGAAAAAUCUUCUUUUCAUCCAAGCUACUUGAAUAACAUCUAUCGUCAAGAAAAUCGCCAUUGUUCUUGUUGCUCUUCUAUUGGUCAAAUAUUUAACCAGUUGAGUGGUAAUAUUUGCGUGUAUUGGGUAAAUGCAAACUCUACAAAAGUCGGUGGCCCAGAAAAGAUUGUAGAGAUUGACGAAGCUCUAUUCGGCAAACGCAAAUACAACCGUAGUCGUUUGCUUCAAGCAAAAUGGGUCUUUGGUGGAUAUGAGAGUCAAUCUCGGAAAGUAUUUCUCAUGCCUGUUGCAAAUAGGUCUAAAGAGACUUUGCUGGAAGCAAUUAAAUCGUGGAUCUUGCCCAGUACAACAAUUAUAAGUGCCUUAAAUUAUUCUACACUCUCCGAGCCCAAAACCCCCUUGACCAGCACGGCGAAUCCCGAAUCUAUACGCAGCGCCUACCGCUACCAUAGUAGGCGCAACAAAUUGGUGGCAGCGGUGGGAUUCGCCAUCUUUACCGUUUACCUGGAUGUUCUGAAUACCCUGAUGACCUGGGCACGGCUGCAGCUGGACCAAGAAGCCUAA